AUGCGGCACAAGGCGGGCCCGGGAUCGUGCGGGCAGGGAGGAGUCUGGAAGUGCAUCUUCGUAUCACCGUUGUUGACUUCGGUACUUGUUAAUUUCCGAGAGGCGCAUGGGGUGCAGUUGCGAACGAAGCCGCCGCGCGAGUACGACUACGGCACGUACGACCAUGAUUUAGAGGUGUCCCCGGGGGCUGCGUCUUCCCUUGCCAUUGGCUUCUUUCGAGACGCUGUUUGGAGUCGUUACGAGGGCGUUGCAAGUGACAGCGGGCCGACCGCUGCCGCGCAGCUACUACACCGCGAAAAUGUGAUGUUGCAUGAAGGUGCUGAUCCCCAGUUACCCAGUAGUGAGAACAAGUUGGAUCCACCCCUCGAUGCGACGUCAUCCUUUUUGGCGGUGUUUUAUUCCCACACCUGUCCCGAUUGUCGGAAUUUUCGCCCAGUCUGGAAUCGUCUACGCGGGGAAGUGCCGCAAAAUCUCACUCUCGUUGCAGUGGAGGACCCCGAGUACGCCGCACCGGGUCCCUUUCGGCACUUCGAGAUACCCGCAGUAUUUCGUGUCGAAGUCGCAAAAAGUCGAGUACUAGCAGCGGACACGCCAACAACUACUAUCGGCGCAGGAAACUUCGACGGGACCACGACUCGAUCGCGGGCUGAAGAUCGUCACUCGCUGAAGGUCAAGGUCACAAAGUUUCCAAUGGCUGCCUUGGGGGACUUUCUGGAACACAAAAAAUCGGCUGACCGGAUGCUUGCGGAGCUGGUGGGAUUUGUUUCGCCCUCUGUGACCGCGUACGGCCUGUCUAAACGCAACGACGGCCGCCGCGGAAAGGAAACGAAGGGUACUGAUGGUGAUGCGGGCACACUGCUUGCGGUUUUGGCGGCGCACCCUGGGCAGGAGCUCGGCGUUUUGCACUCUCCUGACUUUCGAGAUACUGCGCUGGCUAUUAGAGGGAAAGAUGCCCUGCCUCCGGAGGUGUGUUUCACGCAAAAAGAAGUUUUUAACGACGAACAAAAACUUUUACGUUUAUGUUGCAUGAAAGGAGAAAUGCCUCCCUCUUUUACACGACGAGUGUAUGCCGCUCUUGCUGGGAGAUUCUGCAUGUACAGAUAUGCGCUAUUGCGCAUUGCAAGCGUGUGCUGCUGAUGCGCUGGGUAGAACGCAUUGAAACCGCGUACUGCUGACGCAUGGAUAAAUCAUGUUUAAUUCUGUUUUUCCGGUUGGGGCUUGCUAUUGCUUCGGUUGAAUGGCCUGGCCGCGUUCUGUGGUGGGGGCAAUUUUCACUUUGGUACUCGCACAGUAUCUCCUGUCGCUAAAUUUGGCGACGUACUUCCAAAACGAAACAAACACUAGUCCGAAAGCGGCUAACCAAAAAAUUCUCCAACUCGCCGCUGGGUUUCUGGAUCGCCACCAGCUCGCUUGGCAGGGAGGUGGAAGUACCGAAAUCUCAUCUGUCGACAUUUCACAACCACCUACGGAUCAUCCGAAUAAAUAAAAUGAAUACAUUGACAUUGAGCAAAUUAGUUUUUUCCAUGUGGGUGUAUACUUAAUCGAUCGAUUGUUUGAUGAUGUGAGGACGAAUCCUUUACAUUGAUGAGAACCUGUGUGAACGCGUCGCCACUGUCUGUUCUGCAGGACCGUCAAGAAGGGUGGAUGCACUAGUAGGUAUCGAGACACUUGUUGUCCACUGGCAUGACGCAUCGCAAUUACUGUCGUGGCGUAGACGAGGCAAGCGCGACUGUGGUACAGAUCGAUACCCGCUUCUCCUUGGAUUACCCAAAUCGUCAUCUUCGUUAUCGGGUUUUUAAUCGACAUCAAAAAGUGAAAAGGUCGUCGUCGUCCGCCUUUAGCUACAACUGUGCCUCGUUAACUAAGGCAUUUCCAUUUGUAUCGCUCGUUUUGUGCAUUCGAAGAAUCGAUUGUUUGCAAGAACGAGUUGUCUUCGUCGAUAUCUUGAUCUUUGUCCUCUUAUCGAACUUAGAAGAGCA